AUGAAGAAUGUGAAAUUUUCGUAUAAGAAGUGUAAUGAUGGCCGCAAAUUUUUGAUGGAGAGAAAUGACAUCGUUGCAUUUCAAUGUAAAUUUCUUCGAGAAUUUUGUACGUUGCGCGGGAUGAAGGAUGAUCGUCCUGUUGUUUAUAUUGACGAGACAUGGGUUAACCAAAAUCAUUCGAGAUCAAUGAUUUGGCAAAAUGAACACGGCACAGAAGGAUUGAAAGUUCCAACGGGAAAAGGAGGUCGGCUUAUCGUGUGCCAUGCUGGAUGUGCUCGUUACGGCUUUAUUCAAGGGUUCAAACUAGUAUUCCGUAGCAAUUCAGGCAAUACCUCCGACUACCAUAGUCAGAUGAAUGUCGACUUUUUAAAAACUGUAGAAAAUCACCCAAGAAGUAAUUGGAAAAAAUCGGACGUACAAAAAUGGUUGAAUGAAAAAAAUAUUGAAUUUCAUCCUCUUGAAACUUUACCAGAACUUCAUCAAAAAGUUAAAGCCUUAAUUCUGCGCCAAAUAAAAUACUUGCUUGACCAAAUUGCAUUUGAAAAAGGUCACGAAGUAAUACGCCUACUUCCUUAUCAUUGCCAAUAUAACGCAAUUGAACUUAUAUGGGACCAAGUUAAGGGUCAAGUAGCAAAAAAAAAAAAUAAUACAUUCAAGAUGGUUGAUAUCGAGCGUCUUAUCCGCGAAGCGUUAGAUGCGGUAACCAAAGAGGAUUGGGAAAAUUGUGUAAGCCAUGCCGAAGAAAUACAAGAUUCGGAUAACCGAAAGGAAAUUCUUAGACGCCUUAAUGAAACCAAGAUAUUGAGAGUUGAGACUGAUGUAAAAGUGAAAACUCUUAAAUGUCAUAGUGCUAUAAGAUGGAUACAAAGAUAUGAUACAGUUCACGAUUUCGUAGAGCUAUUUGAGAUUGUCUUAGAAGCAUUAGAGACUACUUCAGAUUAG